AUGUCAGGUUCUGGGCUGUCAUUGGUUGAGAAAACUUUCUACGCCUUGCGGUUGGCACUAACAGAAGAGAACACGUCGGAGCAUUUUGUGCCCGGCUACAUGGUGGCCGUUGAUCACGAGGCCGGCUGCGUAGUGGUCGCCCUCCGCGGCACAUCCACGGCGCGAGACGCACUGGUGGACCUGGUGUGCGAGGCAGUUCCAUGUGAGCUUGCAGGCAUGGAAGGCCUCGCCCACGGUGGGAUGCUCCGUGCCGCCAAGCGGCUGAUGGAGCCGUUGCUGGCGCACGUGAAAGAAGGCUUGUCCCUGCUGGCUGCUGAGCGGGCUCAGGGGCGGUCGACGUCCACAUUUGGCACCGACGUACUCGUCACAGGCCACUCGCUUGGGGGCGGAGUUGCUGCCCUUCUUGCGGCCUUGUGGCGAGAUGCAGCAGCAUUGCCGGUUGGAUGCAGCAUGCGCUGCGUCACUUUUGGCUGUCCACAGGUCCUGGAUGCGAGCCACGCAGUGGCUCUCUCCAACUUCACCACGA